GCUCGGAAGGAUGCACGUCCGGCUGCGCCAAGCUGGUUUCCCCGCCUUUUUCCCACUUCGGCGUCAGCCUGGGCCCUGGGAACUGCAGCCUGUGCCUCCAGCCGCGCGCUUCCUCCUGCUUCCAGAGGAGCAGGGCAGUGCAGCCAGGCCUCGCAAACCCCUCUUCUGGGGCCCCCAGCCAGCGGGAGCAGGAAGGAAAGCCGCUGAGAUGCGCCGUGAGUGUCGCACGGCUUGGAGAAGUGGGUUGCUGGGUUGCAUAAGGUGGAAGGAACUUGCUAGUUUGCAAAAGACAGCUCUUGGCGGGAGCCGGAACCCGGAGACCGCCGACUCGCGCACCCCUCCUCAUUUACUGCCUUCGACGCGCGCCUCCCCAACUGCGCCCCCACCCCCUCGGCGCGCCGCCGUCUCCGCGCACUACCCCCCCCCCCACACACACACCCCUCCUCACUCCCUCCAGAGGAGGUGAGUUUAAACCCCGCCCACGUGACCCCAGCUGGGCCAAUGAACGGCGGCGGGAGGUGAAAUCCGGUUCUAACCGGUCCGGGGCUCCCAGCGCUAUAAAAACUUUAUAAACCCCCCGGAGCCCGAGCAGUGUGAAGAAGAGGCGAGACGACCCCCGGACCGACCAAAGCCCGCACGCCGCUGCAUCCCGCGUCUAGCACCUACGUCCCGCUGCCGUCGCCGCCGCCACCAUGCCCAAGAGAAAGGCUGAAGGGGAUGCUAAGGGAGAUAAAGCCAAGGUGAAGGACGAACCACAGAGAAGAUCCGCGAGGUUGUCUGCUAAACCUGCUCCUCCAAAGCCAGAGCCCAAGCCUAAAAAGGCCCCUGCAAAGAAGGGAGAGAAGGUACCCAAAGGGAAAAAGGGAAAAGCUGAUGCUGGCAAGGAGGGGAAUAACCCUGCAGAAAAUGGAGAUGCCAAAACAGACCAGGCACAGAAAGCUGAAGGUGCUGGAGAUGCCAAGUGAAGUGUGUGCAUUUUUGAUAACUGUGUACUUCUGGUGACUGUACAGUUUGAAAUACUAUUUUUUAUCAAGUUUUAUAAAAAUGCAGAAUUUUGUUUUACUUUUUUUUUUUUUUUUUAAAGCUAUGUUGUUAGCACACAGAACACUUCAUUGUUGUUUUUGGGGGAAGGGGCAUAUGUCACUAAUAGAAUGUCUCCAAAGCUGGAUUGAUGUGGAGAAAACACCUUUCCCUUCUAGUUUUGAGAGACUUCCUCUUGGCUCCCAGGAGGAGGGAUUCCCUGACUUUGACACACAUGGCCACCUUGGCACAAAAGCCUUGUGGUAUAGAAAAACAAAUUUGUUUUUAUGUCCUAUUCUCCCUUUCCAUCUUUCAGCAUAGACUUAACUCCCUUAAGCCCAGACAUCUGUUGGGACCUGACCCCUAGUCAUUGGUUACCAGUGUGUCAGGCAAUCUGGACUUUCCAGUGAUGCCACUGAGAUGGCACCUGUCAAAAGAGCAGUUGUUCCAUUUCUAGAUUGUGGAUCUUCAGAUAAAUUCUGCCAUUUUCAUUUCACUUCCUGAAAGUCAGGGUCGGCUUGUGAAAAGUUGUUAAACAACAUGCUAAAUGUGAAAUGUCAACCCUCACUCUAAACUUUCCCUGUUCAGAGCAUCAGAUGAAGACUUCAUUGGGUUUUAUAGUGGCUUUCUGAUUUUUGGUAGUCCAUUGAAGAAGGGAGUUUGAAAGUUGUUGUAUACUGUUAACGAUUGUCUGCCCAUGUCCUGCCUGAAAUACCAUGAUUGUUUAUGGAAAGUAUCUUUAAUAAAGCUGGAUACAGUUUGGCUUGGAA